AUGGAAGUCGGCCCCAACGAUGUUGAUGAAAUUCAGAUAAGCGCUUUCAAGUUCCAGGAGCCCCUGCGCACCUUACGAACUGAAGGAGUGACUUCAAUCUGGCAUGGCCGGGUGACAAGUUUCAUCAAAGCAGUCAGUGGCAUGUUCGCCGAGUCCCAGAUCUUCGGCAGGAGCGCUAAGCUGGCCCUGAAGGCUAUUGGAGCUCCAGCGAUCAGGGGCCUACCUUGCCAGCCUUUGACUGACGAUGCGCGCUUUGGACUGGAAUGGGUGCUGAAGCGGCUUGUUGAAGCCCCACCGAGAGAGAUCCGUGCACGUGCAAGGGUUUCAGAAACGCUUUUGCUUUUCAUAGACGGAGCUUGUGAGCCAGCGGCUGACAAUUGGUGCAGUGCUGUUAGACAGCUCUGGGGGCGGCGCGGCUUGAAGUUCUUUGGUUUGCAUGCUAGACGGAUGAGCCACCAAGGUACUUUGCCGGAGUCGGACCUGAACACCACUCCAUACUUCUGCAUGGUUCCAACCACCAGCAAUUUGGCCGAUGGGCCGUCGAGACUUGACUUCGGAGUUUGCUUGCAGCUUGGUGCCGAGGAAACAGCCGUUGACUUUGCUGUCCUCCGCGAAUGUGCUUUGGCAGGUGCAGCUUCUUCCUUCAUGGACUGUGAAGAAUACGCAACUUGGUUCAUCAAUGCUCCGGAGGAGAAUGUGUCCAGCGAUGAAGAGUUUUACACACCUUACAAAAGGUGCAACGAAUCCUCACCUGCGGUUCUUCAGGAGCCGGCGUACGCAGGGACCGAAAGUGUCGCUGAAGAAGGACCUCCAAGGAUGGGAGUUGCCCAAGGACAGUCCUCCAAGGAAGUCGAAGUGCAGAAGAACCCGUCGUGUUUGGAUGACCUAGAGCCACGACCUGUGAUUCAGCCAAUGAAGAGUAAGGGCAGCGCAAAGCAUCCCGACACCUGUAAGGAGUGUGUCUUCUACUUCUUCAGUGCUACUGGAUGCACAAAAGGUGCAGAUUGCCUCUUCUGUCACGAAUUCCACCCAAGGAUAAAAGGCAAGAAGAAUCGUCGCAUCAUGCGCGAUCUGCGAGCUCGUGAAUCUCACGACGAUGGUAAGGAAGGCAAGGACGUUUUGAAAGACGUCUGCAAGGAGAUCGAAGAGUUGCCACCAUCGAAGCCAGAGGCGAUCCGAGAGGAGAAGACGGAACUGAAAGCAGAAGAAUCCAAAGGUGCUGCAGUGGAAGCGCACCAACAACUCUCGGUCGGGAGCGAUGGCAUGCUCCGGGUGACCUACAGUUCCGAGGAGGACAGCGAAGCUGACAGUGGUCCCGUUGCGUUGACGCUGAUUGCAGGAGUUCGAACUUGCCUCCUCAGCUUGGACACCCCCCAAAAAUCGGUGACGAUGGACUUUUGAGGGCUGCUCCAUUUCCAGACAAACCCAU